UUUUAACUCUUCCCCUGUUCUUGCUCCCCGCUCGCUCCCUUUUUCUGUCUUCGAAGCCAGGGAGAAGCGGAGCAAAGAUGUCUGAUAGCGCCGCCGUCCCGCCGCCUUAUGAGGUCGACGAGUGCAGAGGGGUUCUUCGAGUUUACUCCGACGGCUCGAUCGUCCGAUCAUUCAAGCCGAGCUUCGACGUCCCGGUGCACGAUGAUGGAUCGGUCCUGUGGAAGGACGUCCAAUUUGAUCUGGUGCACGACCUUCAGCUCCGGCUCUACAAGCCGACUUCCCCUUCCUCCACCAAGCUUCCUGUCUUCUAUUACAUCCACGGUGGCGGCUUCUGCAUCGGCUCACGCACCUGGCCUAACUGCCAGAACUACUGCUUCCGGCUCGCAUCCGAGCUCCAAGUUGUGGUCGUCUCCCCCGACUAUCGACUGGCUCCAGAGAACCGGCUACCGGCAGCCAUCGAGGACGGCUACAUGGCCGUGAAGUGGCUCCAAGGCCAAGCCACGUCGGAUGAGGCCGAUUCUUGGUUGACGGACGUAGCUGACUUUAGCCGCUUGUUCAUUUCCGGUGACUCAUCCGGAGGGAACAUUGCACACCACUUGGCUGUUCGGUUUGGAGCCGGCUCUACUGAGUUGGCGCCGGUCCGAGUGAAGGGAUAUGUACUUCUGGCACCAUUCUUUGGUGGAACUCUUUUGACCAAGUCGGAGGCCGAGGGACCUAAAGAAGCAUUCUUGAACUGGCAACUCAUUGACAGGUUUUGGAGGCUGUCAAUACCAGUGGGAGAGACGACUGAUCACCCACUGGUGAACCCAUUUGGACCGAAUAGCCCUGAUCUGGGGCCGUUGGAUCUUGACCCAAUCCUGGUGGUGGUCGGGGGCGCUGAUCUGCUCAAAGGCAGGGCAGAGGAUUACGCCAGGAGGCUGCAAGGCUGGGGGAAGAAGGUGGAGUACGUGGAGUUUGAAGGAGAGCAGCAUGGCUUCUUCACCAUUGACCCCAACUCCCAAGCUGCCAAUGAUUUGAUGCUCAUCAUCAAGAGCUUCAUUGUUUAAAUUUCCAGCUAGCCUGCCUGCCUUUUCUUCUGCGUAUUGUGUUGCCUUCUAUAGGUUCCUUGUUCUUUGCUCGUCAAGUUUGUGCUAAGUGACCUCAAAAUAUAAAGAGGCUUUCCAAUCA